AUGAUAGGUGAAUUGAUUAUAUUUUGGACGAACAGGCGAAGAGAGGUUGCUGUGCAGUUGCGGCCGGUAAUAGCGCCACCGCCAGCUCGGGUGUUGGUAGUAGUGCCAGCACAUACACCGCCAGCUCAGACGGCGGCGACGGAGCGGCUCGCGGGCGGCGAUGAAAUAGUUUUCGACACUUUUAUUCAAGAGAAGGCGAAGGAAGAAGGCGGAUGUGCAAUCUGUUUGGCGAAGUACGAAGACGGCGAAACCCUAGCAACGAUUACGAUUUGCAAGCAUAGGAUCAAGCGAAGCGAGGAUGCUAUGCAGUUACCGGUGGUAGCGCCAGCACAACCACCGCCAGCUCAGGCGGCGACAACGAAGCGACUCGCAGACGGCGAUGAAAUAGUUUUCGACACUUUUAUUCAAGAAAAGGCAAAGGAAGAAGGCGGAUGUGCGAUCUGUUUGGUGGAGUACGAAGACGGCGAAACCCUAGCGGCGAUUACCUCUUGCAAGCAUAGGUAUCAUGUGUUUUGUAUUGGCGCGUGGUUGAAGGACCACGACACGUGUCCGCUUUGUAGAACUCAAGUUUGA